AAAUCCAUCUUAACAAAUCAACAACCGAAGUCACAAAAACGCAUGGAGCCCCGCGACCGCGGCCGGAGUGAGCGCCUGGAAGAGGACCGCGUCAGUGGCCUCCCCGACGAGCUGCUGCACGAAAUCCUCCGCCGCCUCCAGUCGUCCCCCGCCGCCGCGCGCACGAGCGCGCUCUCCCGCCGCUGGCGCCGCGUCUGGGCCAGCGUCCCAGAUCUCGUCCUGGGCGACGACCUGCAGAUCCAUCACGGGGCCUCCUUCCUCGACGCCGUCGACGGCGCCCUUGACUCCUACGCCGCCGCCGCCGAUCCGUCCUCCCACCUCCACGGCCUCGAGAUCACCGUGCCCUUCGCCGGAAUCCACGUCGACGUCCCGGCACGCCGCGUCGCGCCGUGGCUGCGUUUCGCCGCGCGGUGCCGCGCGGUUGCGCUCCACCUCCGCAUCAAUUCCUGCCCGAUUCCGCCAUGGGCGCGCGAGGAGCUCGAUCUUCCCUUGCUCGAGACGGCGACGAGCAUCACGCUGGUCCUCGGCUCACGAUUCCGCCUCCGGCCCCCGCUGUCCGGCGCGUUCGCGGCGCUGGCCGAUCUGGAGAUAAAGCUUGGCGCCAUGGAAACCCGGGCGCUGGAGGUCCUCGUGUCCACGGUCACGCUCGUCGAUGCCUCCUCCGGCGUCUCGCUGCGCUCUGCCACACUCCAGCAUCUCAAAUUCCAAGCCUCCACAGGCCGUCUGGACAUCGCCGCCCCUGCGCUCCAGGUGCUCGACGCAUAUCGCCACAUCGCUGACGCUUACGUCGAAGCCCCGAACCUGGCCGAGGUCGUUUUGGGCCGCUGUGACAGGUUCGUCUUCGCUGACGCCGGGCGCCACCUUCGGCGGCUAGACGUAACGAUGCUCACGUGCACUGCGAUAGCACUGCUGGCAGCGCGGUUCGACUCGAUCGACGAGCUCCGACUCCACGGCACCUUUCAGGAAGGAGAAGAAUGGUGGAGAUUCUUGGACGACCAUAAUCUUCAUCUUCCCAAGUGCGAGACCUUGUGGAUAUCCUCAUUCGGUCCGAAGGCCUCUGUGCCUUGCGUGCUGCGUCGUCUCCUGAGGAGAGGCAAUGGUGUAAGGAAGCUUCGAAUGCUCGUUUUAUGCCUCAACGGCUGCUUAUUGCUCACCAUCUUGUCCAUGUCGCUCACCACAAAGCGCCAUGGUGGACGGCGCCAUCAUCCUUGAUUCAGUCGAAGAGUUAAAGUUGGACUUAGUCGGAGGAGAUAAAUGUUUGGAAAAAUUCAUCGAGCAGCUUCUAUCCAUGUGCAGCGCAGCGAAGCUUAAAAGCGUGGAAAUUAAAAGGUUAAGCGACAAGGCAUACAAGAAGAUUCGCGUCAUGCAUGUUUCCUCAGGUUAAAUUUGUUUCUCGAGAGGGCGUACUGUGAGAUUCUUACAUGAGCUAGAAGGAGGUUAACUGGGAUUUAUUCUAGUCUCCUAAGCAGGUUCAACGACAUUGUUCUUGGAGUGUGAAAUUUGACACAUACUAGUACAAAAUAGGCUAUACGCGACCCCAUCAGUGUCACCCGCCACUGAUAGCUCACCUAUCAUUGGCCAGAAGUCUGUGGCGUGCGGCCCGCACGCCACUGAUAGGCAAUUUCGCAUGACACUGAUAGCCUAUUUUGUACUAGUGACAAUAUGCAUGCAUGUUUGCAAUCUUUUGUUUGACUUCUUAAUUAGUUUCAAAUCUGUAUACUUGAGUACAUCUGCAUUUAGACCAAAGAGAUAUGCCACUUAUGCAUGCCGACCGAUGGUCUCUAAUCAAGGGUUUUGAGCA